AUGUCGAAGUCGAACAAGGAGGCAGCGUCUGAGGACGCGUCAGACAGUAUGAAAAACCUCGCGAAGCUUUUGUUGAUGUUGGGCGCGGAGGAUCGUACGUCGAAGCCGGCGUCGGAGCACAAGUUUUGGAAGACACAGCCCGUGACGCAACCGGGGGACAGCCGUUCGUUGCCGCGUGGUGCGAUUGCCCCGAGUGUGCCUCCGGAGAAGGUGCGGCAGGAGCCCUUGCCGCUGCCGUCUGACUUUGAGUGGGUCACGGUCGAUGUUGACAAGGAUGAGGAGCUGAGCGAAGUGUACCAUUUGCUGACGAUGCACUAUGUGGAAGACGACGAUGCGACGAUGCGGUUCAAGUACUCGCUGUCGUUCCUGCAGUGGGCGUUACGGCACCCUGGCUACGACAAGUCAUGGCAUGUCGGUGUGCGUGUCAAGUCGACGCAGAAACUCGUGGCGUUCAUUGCGGGCAUUCCCCAGGAGCUGCGUGUGCGCGACGAGAUGUUCCAAGUCGUGGAGAUCAACUUUUUGUGUGUGCACAAGCGAUUGCGCAGCAAGCGACUUGCACCUGUGCUGAUCAAAGAGGUGACGCGGCGGUGCAACCUUCGUGGCAUUUUCCAGGCGAUUUACACGGCGGGCCAAGUGUUACCGACGCCGAUGUCUUGUGCGCGUUACUACCACCGCACGUUGCGGGCGAGCAAGCUGGUCGACAUUGGGUUUAGUGCUGUGCCGCAUGGCAUGAGCCGUGCGGAGCAUGAGGCGCGGUACGUGCUUCCGACACAGACUUCGCUGCCUGGUCUGCGUGUGCUGCAGGCGGACGAUGUCCCGGCAGUCGCGCGUUUACUGCGCAGGUACAUGGCGCGCUACGAUAUGGCGCCGCGGUUUACGGAUGCCGAGGUGCGCCACUUGUUCCUCUCUGGUCAGUCGGAGAAGGUGACGUGGGCGUACGUCGUGGAGACGGAGGGCCGCAUCACCGACUUUUUCUCGUUUUACAGCUUGCCCUCGUCCGUGCUGAACCAUCGUGAGUACGAGACCCUGGAGGCAGCGUACCUGUUUUACUAUGCGACGGAGUCGGCGUUUGCGUCGUCAUUGCCGCCAGCCUCGGACGAGCACGGCCCCUCGCCGAACGAGCGGGCGAUGGCGGAAGGCCUUGCGGCAUGGCAGCGGACGACGUGCAGUCGGCUGGACUCGAGCGAGGCGGCGGACGAAGAAGGUGUGCCGACAUGGUCGUCGGAGCCGCGCGCGGUGAAGGAGCGCUUGCAGGCGCGUCUGCGAGCGCUCAUGCAGGAUAUGCUGGUGCUCGCGAACAACGAAGGAUUCGACGUCGUCAACUGCCUCACAGUCAUGGACAAUGCCAUGUUUGUUACGGACUUGAAAUUCGGGCCGGGCGAUGGCUUCCUCAACUUUUACCUGUUCAACUGGCGCGUCACGCCUGUGGCUGGCGGCCUGGGCGCGCGUGCGAACGAUCAGGAGCACGAUCCUGCGGCGCACGACGCGGAGGUGCCACGCCCACCGAGUGUCUACGGCUCCGGGAAUGGCGUGGUGAUGGUGUAA